UCACAGCAACCUCCAACUCCUGGGCUCAGAUGGGGGACACUGAGGCUCAGGGAGGGUCAGUUAUUUUCAAGAGUCACAAAGCACCUAUGAGGCAGCAUUGAGGUCUGAAGAGAUGAAUUUGUACAAUCAGUUUCAGAUCAGCUUGCUGCAGAACAAGGCAGAAGAGAUGGAUACCCUGGUGAUGGCAGAAAUGGAACCUGCGCAGGGCCAUGUGGUCUUUGAGGAUGUGGCCAUAUAUUUCUCCCAGGAGGAGUGGGGGCAUCUUGAUGAGGCUCAGAGGUCACUGUACCGAGAUGUGAUGCUGGAGAACAUGGCGCUUCUGUCUUCACUAGGUUGUUGGCAAGAAACCCCAGGUGCAGAGGCACCUUCAGAACAAGGUGUUUCUGUGGUAUUGUCACAGGUCAUAACUCCAGUGCCUUGUGUAUCUUCCCAGAAGAUUCAGCCCAGGAAGGCAUGUGACCCACUCUUGAAAGACAUUUUUUACCAGGCUGACCACAGUAACAUACUUCCUGAACAAGAGAUGUAUAUUUCUGUGUCAGAGCUUUUUCAGCACCAGAAGCAGGAGAUUGGAGGAAAUCUUUCCACAAAGGGAGACUAUUGGAGACCUUCAUUUGGAAAGAACUCUAGAGUUCACAUGGCAGAGAAGACCUUCACAUGCAGCGAGGGUGGGAAGGAUUUGCUGGCUCCCUCUAGCUUUCUGCAGCACCAGGCCCCUCAAAAUGGGUGGAAACCCUUCAGGGAUACAGAGGACAGAGAAUUCUUUCUAACUGAACAAAAUGAUCACAAGUGCAGUGCAUGUGGGAAAAGCUUUGCCUUCAAACAUACACUUAUUGAACACCAGAAAAUCCACAAAAGAGAAAGGCCUUAUGAGUGCAACAAAUGUGGGAAAUUCUUUAGAUAUGGCGCCAACUUCAUGAAACAUCAGACAGUUCACAAUGGUGAGAGGACUUACGAAUGCAGAGAAUGUGGAAAAUCAUUUAUGUAUAAUUAUAGACUUUUGAGACAUAAGAGAGUUCACACUGGAGAAAGGCCUUAUGAAUGUGACAUAUGUGGGAAAUUCUUCAGGUACAGUUCUACAUUUGUUAGACAUCAGAGAGUUCACACUGGAGAAAGGCCUUAUGAGUGCAGGGAAUGUGGGAAAUUCUUUAUGGACAGCUCCACACUCAUUAAACAUCAGAGAGUUCACACUGGAGAAAGGCCUUAUAAGUGCAGGGAAUGUGGGAAAUUUUUUAGGUAUAUCUCAACACUCAUUAGACAUCAGAGAAUUCACAAUGGAGAGAGGCCUUAUGAGUGCAACAUAUGUGGAGAAUUCUUUAGGUAUAAUUCCAGCCUCAUUAAACAUUGGAGAAUUCACACUGGAGAAAGACCUUAUAAAUGUAGCGAAUGUGGAAAAUCCUUUAGGUACCACUGCAGGCUCAUUAGACAUCAGAGAGUUCACACUGGAGAAAGGCCUUAUGAGUGCAGUGAAUGUGGGAAAUUCUUCCGGUACAACUCCAACCUUAUUAAGCAUUGGAGAAAUCACACUGGAGAAAGGCCUUAUGAGUGCAGAGAAUGUGGGAAAGCGUUUAGCCAUAAACAUAUACUUGUUGAGCACCAGAAAAUUCACAGUGGAGAAAGACCUUAUGAGUGCAGUGAGUGUCAGAAAGCCUUCAUUCGAAAGUCUCACCUGGUUCAUCACCAGAAAAUCCACAGAGAAGAGAGGCAUAUGUGCUCCCUGAAUGUGGAGAGUUCUUUGGGCACAACACCAGCCCCAUUAAAUAUCUGAGAUUUCACAAUGUAGAAACUUUGCCACUGACAAUUUAAAUUGGAUAUUUCACUGAUGUUAUAUAAAGUUACAUAUUUAUGCAACUUAUUUUUAAAACUCAACUUGCAAAAGUGAAACU